AUCGACAAACUAGUUAGUUGAUUUAUUCAAGUUUAUGUCAAAAUGUGCAAAACAAGUUAUGCUCUUAUAUUUCUGUUUGGCAUUUGAAGGGUGACAUAUACAGAUUGCCUAGGAAGAACAAGACAAUGCAUGGCUAAAGACCUGGAACACAUUAAACGAAAUGAUAAAAAAUUGCGGGAAGUGGUUGAGAAGAAACGAAUGCAGCAUGGUAGAGAAGAAGAAAUAGCAGCAAAGUCCAAUGAAGUUACGGAGAAGAAUGAACAUGUAGAGGAAGGAGAAGCAUUGCCAGAGAUGAUGUCAGAUCAGUUGAGAAACGAGAUAUUGCGAAAACAGUGGGAGAAAGACGAGGAACGGCUAAAGGACAAGAAGGACGUUCAUUAUCAGGAUGUGCUUUUUGGAGGUAAAAUCAUUCACCCAGCAUGGACAUGA